UGUUUUAAUAUCUAAUAUUAAUAAUUCGCAGAUCAUUACAGAAAGUGGCUUGAAAAUUUUUCGAUUGGGGGUACUGAAGAUCGUAAAUACAGUUCUGCCCAAAUCGAAGAUUUGAUCAAUAGCCUCCCAACAUAUCUUUCGAAAAGAUGUAUUGACAUGAACGGAUCGCGUAUAAAAAAGAACGAUACCUCUAGUAAACAAUUGCAACAAAGAUCUGAUUCGAAAAGACAAUAUAAAAGAAGGGGCUCUUUGCAACAACUUCAGCCAUCAAUAAGAACCCAGCAAUUGCAACCUGACCAAGAGCCACUACAAGAGCAGAUACAAAAUCAACAGCAGUUACAAAACCAACAGCAGUUAAACACACCGGAAACUGACUAUUUAAGCUGGCAGAUUCCCUAUGACACGUACGGGAAUGGGCCGCAGGGCCCAGUAGCAGUCCCAGUUAUUUCUACUUCUAUGUCAAAUAAUUUUGAAAUCGGGCAUAACACUUUGAGGUUGUAAAGGCUCCUGGUACCUCGCCGACCAUGUCAGAAUCGUGACGUCAGAGGCGAGAAAACACGCUGAGAUUUUUUAGAUGCCAUUUCAAAAUAAA